UGAUUCAGGUUGGGUCUGUGAUAGAGUGGAAACUCCAAAUCCAAAACCUCAGUGUGUCUCUCCUCUCUCCCUCCAGAGUCCAGACUGUCAAUCAUCACUCGCCAGAUCACAAAGGGGAGGCGGAGUAUUUCAAAAUCCCUAAAAACCCCCCAUCUUAAUCCGCAGCAUUUUUCGAAUUCGGCCGCUAUAAUUAUUGCAGGGGGAAUUAAUUACUGGAAGGUUUUACUCUAUAUCCGUGUGUAAAUGCGAUGAACAGUGCUGCCUGCAAGUUUAAAAAUUCCGAUUCGUUUCCAGGGUAGCUGCGGCGGCUCUUUGCUUCUGGUUUUUUGAUUUUUUGGUGCUGGUGUUCUUUCGCUGAAUGGCUAAGCGCGUGCACGAGGUUUGGAAGGGGAACAAUAUCUUUUUUCUUGGUGGUAGGUUGAUAUUUGGCCCUGAUGCAAGGUCAUUGCUUCUCACCUUGUUGUUAAUAACUGUCCCAGUUGCUAUAUUUUGCGUAUUUGUUGCAAGGCAUCUUCGUCAUGAGUUUCCAUCCUACAAUGCGGGAUAUGCAAUUAUGAUAGUUGCUGUGAUCUUCACUGUUCAUGUGCUGGUGCUGCUUCUUCUAACUUCAGCUCGAGAUCCUGGAAUUGUUCCCCGCAAUUCACACCCACCAGAAGAAGAAUUUCGUUAUGAGAGUGCAGCAUCAAUGGAGGCUGGUGGUCGGCAGACACCUAGCCUUCAGUUCGCUCGAACAAAAGAAGUGAUUGUUAAUGGGCUACCUGUCCGUGUUAAAUAUUGUGAUACAUGUAUGCUAUACCGUCCGCCUCGUUGCUCACAUUGUUCUGUCUGCAACAACUGCGUGGAGCGUUUCGAUCAUCACUGUCCCUGGGUUGGCCAGUGCAUAGGAUUGAGAAACUAUCGCUACUUCUUUUGUUUCGUCUUUUCGGCAACACUUCUUUGCAUCUAUGUGUUUGCUAUAUCUGCCUUCUACAUCAAGUUUCUAAUGGAUGAUCAUGACGGUACUGUGUGGAGGGCUAUGAAAGAAUCACCAGCAUCAGUGAUUUUGAUGGCCUAUUGUUUUAUAGCCUUAUGGUUUGUCGGCGGGCUCACUGGCUUUCACCUUUACCUUAUAAGCACAAAUCAGACCACCUACGAGAACUUCCGUUACAGAGCUGACAAUAGACUCAAUGUCUACGAUCGUGGUUGUUUUAAUAAUUUUCUCGAAGUAUUCUGUACAAAGGUGAAGGAUUCGAGGAACAACUUCCGAGCUUUAGUACAAGAGGAACCCCAGAGGCCUCCUAUGGCAACCCCCCGGGAUGCUGGAGCUGAGGAUGUGGGAGACGAUCGGCGGGUGAAGGUGGAAGAUGAUCUAGACAUUGGUGGGGAUCUUCUGAAAAUCUCACAGCGCCAUAACAUUGAAGAUAUCGACUCAGACAUUCGGAGUAGAGGGAGCGACGUGCCUCAUCAUAAUUCAUCCGAGGCUGAUUCCGCCUUAGGUUCUGACAGACGGACUGUGCAGUCGAAUUGGGGGCAAAGUGGGAGCUGGGAAAUUGCGAAUGAUGCUGCUCCAAAAGAAGCACACCAAUGAGAUUUGGGAGGGAAGACUAGUCGGGGCAAGAUCUGCUCAAGUUUAUUACCCGUUUUUAGGCUGAAUUUUGUGAUCCCCAUAUUCUUCUCUUGUCUAGUACUUGGAUUUGUUCUGAUUUUCCCUUUUCUAUAUUUUUGUGAAAUUAGUAAACUACAAAGCCUAUGUAAUUGUGCUGUGCUGGGGAAAAUGUCCCUUUUCUUCUUGUA